AACCUGGACCUGAACCUGAACCUGAACCUGAGCCCAGCUGUGUGUCCAUGAGGAGUGACUGGUCUAUGGAUCAUCCUAUUCAAUUCAAAGACAGAUGGCACCCUGCGGAUCAUGGAGUCCACCAGCAGAGCUCAGAGGUUCCCAGUGCUCAGUCUGCCCAGCAGCAUCCAACUGACCUGGCCUCCAUAUUUAUGCUGCUGGAGGAGAACAUGGUCACCUUUGUGAAGAAGGAGCUGAAAAACCUCCAGAGGUCUCUGAGGCCAGAUUACCCAGAAUGCUUAGAGAGGCAGAGGGAGGAUGAGGAGGUGUUGGACGGUGAGGAGGAAGAGCAGAGGUGGAGCAACAGAGAGGCUUUUCUGCAGAUCACACUGCACUUCCUGAGGAGAAUGAAGCAGGAGGAGCUGGCUGAGCAUCUGCAGAGCAGAACUCUCGCAGGGUGCCAACAUGAACUCAGAUCUAACCUGAAGAAGAAGUUUGAGUGUUUGUUUGAGGGGAUUGCUAAAGCAGGAAACCCAACACCUCUGAAUCAGAUCUACACAGAGCUGUACAUCACAGAGGGAGAGAGUGGAGAGCUCAAUGAGGAACAUGAGGUCAGACAGAUUGAAACAGCAUCUAGGAAACUAGCCAGACCAGAAACACCAAUCAAAUGUGAAGACAUCUUUAAACCUUUACCUGGAAGAGAUCAACCAAUCAGAACAGUGAUGACAAAGGGAGUGGCUGGCAUUGGGAAAACAGUCUUAACACAGAAGUUCACUCUGGACUGGGCUGAACACAAAGCCAACCAGCAUGUCCACUUCACAUUUCCAUUCACUUUCAGAGAGCUGAAUCUGCUGAGAGGGAGAAAGUUGAGCUUGGUGGAACUUCUUCAUCACUUCUUCACUGAGACCAAAGAAGCAGGAAUCAGCAGGUUUGAGCAGUUCCAGGUUGUGUUGAUCUUUGAUGGUCUGGAUGAGUGUCGACUUCCUCUGGACUUCAAGAACAACCAGAUCCUGACUGAUGUUACAGAGUCCACCUCAGUGGACGUUCUGCUGACAAACCUCAUCAAGGGGAACCUGCUUCCCUCUGCCUGCCUCUGGAUAACCACACGACCCGCAGCGGCCAAUCAGAUCCCUCCUGAGUGCGUUGGCAUGGUGACAGAGGUGAGAGGCUUCACUGACCCACAGAAGGAGGAAUACUUCAGAAAAAGAUUCAGAGAUAAGAAGCAGGCCAGCAGAAUCAUCUCCCACAUCAAGACGUCACGAAGCCUCCACAUCAUGUGCCACAUCCCAGUCUUCUGCUGGAUCACUGCUACAGUUCUGGAGGAUGUGUUGAAAACCAAUGAUGGAGAAGACCUGCCCAAGACACUGACUGAGAUGUACAUCCACUUCCUGGUGGUUCAGUCCAAAGUGCAGAACGUCAAGUAUCAUGGGGGAGCUGAGACAGAUCCACACUGGACUCCAGAGACCAGGGAGAUGAUCCUGUCUCUGGGAAAACUGGCUUUUGAGGAGCUGGAGAAAGGCAACCUGAUCUUCUAUGAAGCAGACCUGGCAGAGUGUGGCAUUGAUAUCAGAGCAGCCUCAGUGUACUCAGGAGUGUUCACACAGAUCUUUAAAGAGGAGCGUGGCCUGUACCAGGACAAGGUUUUCUGCUUCGUCCAUCUGAGCGUUCAGGAGUUUCUGGCUGCUCUUCAUGUCUUUGUGACAUUCAUCAACUCUGGAGUCAAUCUGCUGGCAGAAGGACAAUCAACCUCCCAACUAAAACACCUCUACCAGAGUGCUGUGGACAAGGCCUUACAGAGUCCAAAUGGACACCUGGACUUGUUCCUGCGCUUCCUCCUGGGUCUUUCCCUGCAGACCAAUCAGACUCUCCUACGAGGCCUGCUGACACAGACAGGAAGUAGCUCACAGACCAAUCAGGAAACAGUCCAGUUCAUCAAGGAGAAGAUCAGUGACAGUUCCUCUCCAGAGAGAAGCAUCAACCUGUUCCACUGUCUGAAUGAGCUGAAUGACCAUUCUCUAGUGGAGGAGAUCCAACAGCACCUGAGUUCAGGACGACUCUCCACAGAUAAACUGUCCCCUGCUCAGUGGUCAGCUCUGGUCUUCAUCUUACUGUCAUCGGAAGAAGAUCUGGAGGUGUUUGACCUGAAGAAAUACUCUGCUUCAGAGGACGCUCUUCUUGGGCUGCUGCCACUUGUCAAAGCCUCCAAGAAAUCUGUGCUGAGUGUGUGUAAUCUGUCAGAGAGAAGUUGUGCAGCUCUGGCCUCAGUUCUCAGCUCCCAGUCCUCUAGUCUGAGAGAGCUGGACCUGAGUAACAACCAGCUGCAGGAUUCAGGAGUGAAGCUGCUCUCUGCUGGACUGGAGAGUCCACACUGCAGACUGGAGACUCUCAGGCUGUCAGGCUGUCUGCUCACACAGGAAGGCUGUGCUUCUCUGGCCUCAGUUCUGAGCUCCAACCCCUCCCAUCUGAGAGAGCUGGACCUGAGCUACAAUCAUCCAGGAGACUCAGGAGUGAAGCUGCUCUCUGCUGGACUGGAGGAUCCAACCUGGAGACUGGAGGCUCUCAGGGUGGACCAUGGUGGAGAGCAGUGGUUGAAACCAGGUCUGAGGAAGUAUUCCUGUGAACUCAAACUGGACACAAACACAGCUCACAGAAACCUCGUCCUGUCUGAGGACAACAGGAAGGCAACAGCAGUGACAGAGGAGCAGCCAUAUCCUGAUCACCCAGAGAGGUUUGACUUCUGGAGACAGAUCCUGUGUAGAGAUGGUCUGACUGGUCGCUGCUACUGGGAGGUCGAGAAGAAAGGAAGAGUUUAUAUAUCAGUGACUUACAGAGGAAUCAGCAGGAAAGGAAACAGUGAAGACUGUGCGCUUGGCAGAAAUGACAAGUCCUGGACUCUGAUCUGCUCUGAUUAUGGUUUCUCUGCCAGACACAAUAACAGAGGAACAGCCAUUCCUGUCCGCCCCCACUCUAACAGAGUGGCAGUGUAUCUGGACUGGCCUGCUGGCUCUCUGUCCUUCUACAGCGUCUCCUCUGACACACUGAUCCACCUCCACACCUUCAACACCACCUUCACCGAGCCUCUGUACUUUGGGUUUGAGAUUUGGGAAUAUGACUCCUCAGUGUCUCUGUGUGAGAUUUGAGGAGUGAGAGUCGCCUCCUGUGUGGAGAAACACACACACACACACACACACACACACACACACACACACACACACACACACACACACAUACACAUACACAUACACAUAAACAUACACACACACACAUACACACACAUACCAGAGAUGGGGAUUUGAGUUUGGAACUUGGACUUGUACUGAAAUGGGCUAAGCUGUGUCUUGCAGAAUUAUUGGCGAGACACAGCUUAGCCCAGAAGCCCUAUAUAUGAGACAACUACAGCGGCUGACUGGUUCCAUUCUAGGUGAUAGAGCUCACCCUUUUUGCAGUGAAUUUCAGCUCCUCCAUCGGGUCGCAGGUACAACGUACCUAGGAGCCAAAAAACCAAAAGACACAGAUCCAAUUUCAUUCCUGCAGCCAUCAUACAGCUUAAUAAGAACUAGGUUAGUUGUUCUUUGACAAGGAUGACAGUGAUGCUGUUGAGGAUGAUGAUGACGGUGAUGAUGAUGAUGAUGGUGAUGGUGGUGACGACAACGACGUUGUUGGGUCAGUGCUCAUGAUGGCAUAAUGAUAUGUUGCACUAUGCACUUUAAGGCUUUCCACUUUGCACUCCAUUGAGGUCAAGCUCAAAAUGUGAUGAUAUUGAUAUUGAUGAACUUGUGGAUUUAUGUGUUUUUUUUUUUCGUCUUUUUUGUCUUGUAUGAAUGACUCGCUGCAAGCCAAUUUUACCUUCUGCUAUCAAUAAAGUAAACUAACUAACUUUCUUUCUUUCUUUCUUUAACCUUUAUUUGUUAGAGAGGGACAGUGUACAUUAAUAAACAUUUUAAAAGACAGUAAAUGCACCCAAUUAUAGCCAAAAGGCUAAUUUCCAUUGGUAGUCCCCCUGCCAGAAGGAUUAUGGCUAUACCUAAAAGCAACCAACUAACUAACUAACUAGCUAACUAACUAACUAACUAGCUAACUAACUGAAAUUGCACACACAGUCACUUGAGACUUGAGGUUCUGUUGCAUGCAGCAGAGCAGGAGGACCCAAAUUCAGGAGACCAGGCAGGCCUGCAGCAUUUAACAUAUUUAAUAUAUUUAAGGCAGGUUAACACAGGAACUCAGAGACUCUGAAAACAGGCAAGGCAAACACACACCAUGAACCGACAAAGACAGAACUGAACACAGAGCUGAAACACACCAGAGACGAACAAGGAAACAAGAAAGCACAAGACAGGAUGUGACAAGAUGCGUGCAUACUUGAUGCGUAUCAUCAGCAUAAUAACGAAAGGAACCGUCGUGUAGGAAUAAUUUGCCCAAGAGGAAGCAUGUAUAAAGAAAAUGAAAUUGGUCCCAAAACUGACCCCUGAGGCACACCAUACUGUAACAGAAGAAACUGGAGAGACACAGUUAUUCACAGAGACUCUGAGCCUCCGACAGGUAGUCGUUCUGAAGCUGUUCCAGAAAUCCCCAGCCAGAGCCUCAGUCUGUGUGACAGGAGGCUGUGAUCAGUCGUGUUCUGCGCUGAGGUCCAAGACCACGAGAACGCAGCACAUGCCGCCAUCAGCAGCCAAUGAGAGGCCAUCAGUAACUUGGAGCCGUCUCAGUGCUGCGAUUCUUCAGGAACCCAGACUGACACUUUUCACAAAUGCUGUUACCUUCCAGCGCAGAGAGACAUUGUUUAAACACUAUUUUUUCCAAAAUUGUCUGAUUAUAAAAUGUCAUUUGGAAAUUGCGCUGUAGUUUUAUGUGAGGGAGGGAUCCAGUCCAUGUUUUCUAACAGUGGGUCCACACAAGCAGUUUUAAGAUAGUCAGGGACAAAGCCAGUAGACAAAGAGCUGUUUCAAACAGAAAGAAAAGAGAACCCGACAGCUUCCAUCAAUUAUAUAUAUUCUUUUAUUGUAAAAUACUUUUAAAAAAAAUUUUAAAAGAGUGAUACUAGUGGUGUAGAUGCUUUGAAUAGCUUAGACACAGCGAUGCAGCCAAUGAUAUAAAACGCUCAUUACAGCCAUAAGAGACGUAAGACUCGACUUAAACUUGCAAAAAACGACUCGUGUGCAUAUCUAAUACACUCACACACACAAACUUACAAACUAAAACAAAACAAAUUCUAAAUA